UGUCCUUGGAGAGGGAUGUAAGCAAGCCAAUGUAUUUUGGCUUGCGACGAUUUUAAUUGCGAGACAGAAUCAGCUAACAAAGACCUAAAAAAAUAGACCUGAAAAAAUGAGCGACGUUGUUGCAACAUGGGAAGUCGCCCUUGCUGAUCGCGUGCACAAGGUGCAGUUUGAACAUGGCACUACAACGGGACGACGUGUGAUAAUGGUCGACAAUAAAGAAGUCUUAAAACGRAAUUGGAUGUUUAGGUUAGUUGGUCAGGAGACUUUUGACAUUGGAGGAAAAAGAGCGACCAUUCAUAUCGAAGCAGUCAGUGGUUUCCAGUACGAAUAUACCCUUGAAGUUGCUGGAAAAUCCCUCAAAAAAUUCGUGGAAAAUCGAAAGAAAACAGCUAAAGUGUGGACACUGCUGCUAGAUGGCGAGGAAACAAGAAUUGUUUUAGAAAAAGAUACAAUGGAGGUGUGGGUUAAUGGAAACGUAGUGGAAACAGCUGGGGAGUUUGUUGAUGAUGGAACAGAAACCCAUUUCUCAUUAGGAAGACAUAACUGUCAUAUAAAAGCUGCAAGUACAGGAAGAAAACGGGAUGGAAUAAUCCAUUGUCUUAUAAUUGAUGAUAAURAAGUCCCAGAAAAUAUUGAUGAAUAGAUCGUGAUUGUUAGUCUUCAAUGAGGCAGGAAAUGUGAAAAAUCAAGCAGAUCUUCUCCUAGAAUUACUGUGGUACUGUAUGAAAACAGUUUAUAAUAUUACACAUGUCUACACUAAUCAACAGUGCAAAAAGUAGCCAGUACUGUACAUAAGAAAUCAACAUGCAAUGUCGUAUAAAACGAGGAAUAAUAAGUGUCAGUUUGAAAGCAAUAAUGGUAAUUGGGUAAUAUGAUGGUAAUUAAACUAUGUAAUAAAUUUACUAGUGACAGAUAAGAGUUAAAGGUUGAUGUCUUAAACUUGUUAUAAGUCUACGACAGUGAAAUUGUAACUGAAGGAUAAUAUCAACAAUAUAAUAAAAACUUUUUCUUCAAA